UCUCUCUCUCUCUCUCUCUCUCUCUCUCUCUGUCGCUCUCUCUCGCUGAGGCUGAAGCCACGCCCCCUUCCGGUUGCUCGCCCUGGUUUGUUACCGGUGUUUAGAACUUUCGGCGUGUUAUCUUGAUUGGCGUCGGGUAGCUCCGUUUAGUGUUACCAACGGAAGCUACAGCGGCUGGAGCGGCUCCUGACGUGCUCUCCCUUGUGUGUAUGUGUGCCACGCAGCUGCCCAGAGAGGCUGAGCACCUGUGGCAGGGAACGUGGUGUUGUCGGUGGUGGUAUCCCUCCCUGUGUGAUGUGUGAACCCUGGGUAUUUUUCAUUUAAUCCAUCACGUGUGUGUGUGUGAUUUUAUUCACCUGGUGACCUCUCCCUGGGCCCUGUUCCUCCCCUCCGGUGAUACAUCCUGCCACAUGGAAGAAUGGGUGUGUUCCAGGCUCCAGCAGAAGGUUCUAACACUCCAGCUGUUUGCAGCCCUGCGAUAGUGUCAGCUAUGCCUUCUUCCGCCACAGGUUUAUGUCUGUAUCGUGUCUGCCAAACUGGUGUGUGAUCUGUCAAGGAGAAGGUGAUGGGUGCAACAUUGUGACAAAAACCAACAUCUGUGCUGCUGCGUGACCAAAGAGUCUCAGGUAGUGUAGAUAACAUUUGGGCACUGUCCUCAUGGUCACAAGAUUCCUUACCAUGGUCACGAGAUAUUUGUCUGUGUUCUAGCAACACAGUAUCAGUUGCUGUAACCUUGAUUUUGUAGGCUUUAUUCGUGGGAGAGAAGAAAACAUUGGGAAUCUGCGUAUGCACCCAAUCAGUGGACUGAGAUAAGAUUUUAGACAUGGGACCUAAGUCCUUGGCCUCAUGUCCACUGUGUAUCAGUAAUGUUACAUGAGGAACAGCUUCUUCUGAAAUAGAGUACCAAAGUAGCUGUUCAGCAGUCAGUGCAACAUCAGCAGCAACUCCCUGUUGUCCCACAGAGAUAUUAUUGGAAGUGAUGGGCCAUGUUACGCCAUCGAGUUCAGACAUAAAAUUCUGAUAAAAUUCUGUGCGGUCAUAAUUAAGAGUGACAUGAUAAGGAUCUGCAGGAGGAAGAUAGGGAGCCAGAGUGGAGAUCCAAGGUUUCCAGGCCAAGAAGGACGACACCAAGCCAGAGUGGGAGCCCGAAUCAGACUCCAAGCGACCCCAAUAGAUGCCAGCCCAAAUCUUUGGUGCAGCUGGUGUAACGUCGGCUAUGAGUAACAUCUGUUUGCCCACCUUGAUGCAUUGGGUGGAGCAAUUUAUGGAAUGUCCAUUGGGGAACGUCAGGACGACACCAUCAGGGGAACAAAGAAUGGAUGCACCAGCCUUAAUCAAAAAGUCUCUGCCACAUAGAUUAGCAGGUAAAGUUGGUGAGUGAGCAUAACAGUGAGUAAACUGCUGUUCAGCUACACAUGUGAUCUGCGGCUUGGUGAUAGGCAGUCGUUCAGUAUCCCCAGAAAACCCUGCGACCUCAACAGAGCGUCGAGAAAACAUGUCAGGAGUGGUACAGCCAGUGUGGAAUAAGUGGCUCCAGUAUCAACUAGAAAUGGCAAAUCAUGUCCAUUCACUUUCAUUUGAACCACAGGGUCUGCCAGCCCUAGGUUCUGGGUCCUCUGUGGGCAUCUUUAGGCUUCAUAGUAGUCAGGCUGGGCUAUAACAGGAUAUUGCCCAGGUGGGGGCGCUGAUGCUGCGUUUGGCGCCAUGUAUGUGCCUCUGCCUCGUCCAGGUGGACCCGCUGGUUGUUGGCCUGCAUGUAUGUACUGACCGUUGGGACAGUCUCUGAGAAAAUGACUGAGCUAGCCACACCCAUGGCAAACAUACGACCCCUGACCCCGUCACCUAUAGGUCCCACGGGCUCUCCAACCUCCUCUGCCUCUCCUAUUCUGACCAUAUCCCGCUCUCAUGGUUAAUGGUUAUGUGGAGAUCCCAUGUAGAUGUACAUUAACUAUUAUAAGCAAUUUAGCAGUAAGCAUCCAACAUUAUCAAACAUUAAUGAGUAUAUAUUCCCACAUAACGGACUUUAAUAUUUAUGACAGCUAUAAACUGUAAUUUUUGCAUAUAUGUCAUUGCUAAAAGUACACAUAUAAAAUGUUAAAUAUGCUAACUGAUAAUGGAAAAAUGCACACAAACCUUAUUUUGUUUUCAUGUAAAAACAAACUUUAAGGUUGAAACUUUUGUAACAAUUAAAGCUAAAAUUUAUUGUUUGUAAACACCUACUCCGGCUAGUUAGCUGAAUAUUUUUGUGUAAAAUAAAAGACUUUUCAAAGCUGGUAUGUUCUGAUAUGUUCUUACAUCAUGUCUUUAGUUCAAAAUAGCUGGAAAUUGGUUUUCCGUCAGUCCAUAAUGGGUUCACUGACUUCUGUUUUCAGCUGAAAUUGAUAGAAUUCAAGAGUUCCACUUCUAAAAAAAAUAUAUGAAAAAGAUUUUGUGCUCAAAACUUCUGACUGACAUUUGAAUUUCAGCUUUUAACUUCCUCAUAUCUUCAGUUCUUACCUGGCGCUCAACAAUAAUAAUAAACCUCCAUCACGUUUCAAAUCAGCUUCACAGUGAAAACAGACUUAGACAGACUUUGUUAUUCAGACACAGAACGAAAUUUCAUUGCAAUUUGCUCAGCACAGAUUUGGGAUAUAAAAAUAAAAAGUGGUGAGUAUAAAAGCAUUUAUUAAAAUAUAAGCACAUCAAAAAUAUACAGCAGCAAAACAGAAUAAGGUGCAAGUUAUAUGAUAAAAGUAAAAAUGACCUUUGGCGUUAACGGUAGUGCAGAAAAUUUCUACAAGUAGAAGUUUGUAUAUAACAAGAAAGAAUGUAAUUGAAGAGGUGGUGAACGGCAUUUUUGAUGAUUAUUCAGUAUUUCUGGACAAGUUUCUUACAUUUAUGAACAUUAAUGGUUUACUUAAAACACACUUUGGGUCAUUUAGGUCAAAUGUCAAGUCAUUUUGGAUGAUUACAGAGUAUUUGUGAACAAAUUUUUCACAUUUUGGGACAUUAAUGGUUCAUUUAAGACUUUGUGAACAAAUUUGUGAUAAAUAUUUGUGAAAUAUUUGUGAACAAUUUUUUCACAUUUUGCGACAUUAAUGGUUCAUUUAAGACAAAUUUUGUCUCAUUUAGGUCAAAUUUCAUGUAAUUUUCCAUAAUUAUUGAGUAUUUUUGGACAAGUGUAUGAUCAUUUUAGAACAUUUAUGGUUCACUUAAGACAAAUUUAGGGUCAUUUAGGUUAAAUUUCAGUCAUUUUGGAUGAUUACUGAGUAUUUCUGACACGGUUCAUGUCAUUUGGGACAUUCCUCGGUCAUUUUGGAAAAGUUUGUGUCAUUUGAGUCGUUGUGAUUCAUCUUAGACAUAUUUACAGUGUUUCCCACAUGCUGAGCACUUACUUGAACUUGGAGUUCUUCACUGUUUCGAAUGGAUGCUGCUGACGUCUGACGUUACGGUGAGCGUAUUGCGUCACUUCCUGUUGUAGCGCUGUGUUGUGUUCUGUGACUGUUGUAGCUUGUCCACUCCAUCUAAUUUGAUAUUCAUUAAAUUUGUGUAGCGGUAAUAUUUGAAUCGGAACAUACACUCGUUUUCUUCACGUACCCUCUCAGUACUUAAUUCUAAGUUAAUCUAUUAUCUCUGUCCUCUAGCCUAGCACUUAGCAGUUAGCAUGGCUUCUCCCGCUUCCUCUCCUUCUCUUUCCUGCUCGGUGUGUCACGUGUUUAGUUACUCCUCUGCCUCCUUUAGUGAUAACGAUAACUGUAAUAAAUGCAGUCUCUUUGUAGCUUUGGAGGCGAGGCUCUCUGAAUUGGAAGCGCGGCUCCGCACCAUGGAAAACACCCCGCUAGCUGUUAGCCAGGCCCCCUUAGCCGGUACGGACUGCAAUAGCAUAGCUGCUAGUGUAGCUUCUGCUAGUGUAGCUUCUGCUAGCGGUACCCUAGCAGCUCCCGAGCAGCCGGGAAGUCAGGGUAGCUGGGUGACAGUUCGUAGGAAACGUAGUCCUAAGCUCAAGCCCGCUGUCCCGGCACACCACAAACCGCUUCACGUUUCUAAUCGUUUUUCCCCACUCAAUGACACACCCGCUGAGAAACCAACUCUGAUCAUUGGCAGCUCCAUAGUCAGAAACGUGAAGCUAGCGACACCAGCGACCAUAGUAAAAUGCCUCCCAGGGGCCAGAGCGGGUGACAUAGAAGCAAAUUUGAAACUGCUGGCUAAAGAUAAUCGUAAAUACAGUAAGACUGUUAUUCAUGUCGGCGGUAAUGACACCCGGUUACGCCAAUCGGAGGUCACCAAAAUUAGUGUGGCAUCGGUGUGUAACUUUGCCAAAACCAUGUUGGACUCCGUAGUUUUCUCUGGACCCUUGCCUGAUCUGACCAGCGAUGAUAUGUUUAGCCGUAUGUCAUCGUUUCGCCGCUGGAUGUCUACGUGGUGUACUGCAAACGACGUUGGCUUUAUAGACAAUUGGAGCUUUUUCUGGGGAAAACCUGGUCUGAUUAGGAGAGACGGCAUCCAUCCCACUUUGGCUGGUGCAGCUCUCAUUUCUAGAAAUAUGGCUGAUUUUAUUAGAACUCCUAAAGCAUGACAACCCAGAGUUCAG